GGCGGGGGCGGCGCGGCGGCUCCCGGUGUCCCGCGGCGGAGUUCCCGGUGUCCCGGUGUCCCGCACCCCCUGUCCCCGCCGAGCCCCGCGCAGGUGGCCGUGAGGGCCCUGAGCCUCUGCCACGGGCACCAUGAGGGGUCUCUGGGCCCUGCUGCUUGCCGGGCUCAUCAGCGCCUGCCAGGGCAGGGAGCUGCUGCCAGCAGAAGGGGAGCUGUGCCCGCGGCUCUGGGACGAGGAUCUGCUUGGGGACAAGUACGAGAAUGUCACAGGUUUUAACCUGGUUAAAAGGUUCGACCUGCUCAAGAUCUCGUCGGUCAAGAAGAUCCGCAGCGCGCGGGGGCCGGUGGUGCUGCGCCUGGGCACCGUGCCCCUGGUCCAGCCCACGCAGCAGGUGUUCCCCCGAGGGCUGCCCCCCACCUUCACCCUGGUCCUCACCUUGCUGCUGAAGAAGAACAGCACCGGGGAGCACUGGUACCUCUUCCAGGUCACCGACCGCCAGGGAUACCCCCAGCUCUCCCUGUCCGUGCACGGCCCCGAGAGAAGCCUGGAGUUCCAGGCGCGGGCACCGGGUGCCACCUUCUCCAGCGCCACCUUCGCGGGCAGGGCGGUGGCGUCGCUGUUCGACGGGCGUUGGCACAAGGUGGUGGUGGCCGUGCAGGGCCACGCCGUGUCCGUGCACCUGGACUGCGCCUCCAUCUCCUCCAAGCCGCUGGGGCCGCGCCGGGCGCUGGCGCCCGAGGGCAACGCCUUCCUGGGGCUGGACGCUGUGCGUGGCACCCCGGUCAGGUUUGACAUCCAGCAAGCUCAGAUCUACUGCGACGCCGAGCUGGCCAGGCAGGAGGGGUGCUGCGAGAUCUCGGCCAGCGGGUGCCAGACGGAAACGCCCAAGACCCGCCGGCAAGCGGAGCUGAUGCAGAGCAGCAACCUGAUCGAGAUGGUGCCGCAGCCCAAGGGCAGGGUGUUCACCCGCUGCUUCUGCCUGGAGGAGCCGCUGGGCACCGAGCCGGGCAGAACCUCGGGAAGGACCAGCUUGAGGGAUGAUCCAAAGGACAAGUGCCCUCCCUGCUCUCCCCAGGCGGCAUCAGGAAAUGUCACCCUCGGUCCCCAAGGUCCAAAGGGCGCCAAGGGCGAGCGGGGCCUCCCUGGCAUGGCGGGUGGCAAAGGGGAGAAGGGUGACCGUGGCAUGGACUGUGUGCGCACCCACCCCGAUGGCCCCGUGCAGUGUGCCAAGGGGACGCGGGGUGAGAAGGGGCAGCGUGGGCAGGUGGGACUCCCGGGCCCAGCUGGCACUGAAGGGCAGAAGGGCCAGAAGGGUGAGAAGGGCGAUGGGGGCCUGCAGGGCAAGCCAGGGCGCCCUGGGCGUGAUGGCCGGCCUGGAGAGAUCUGCGUGGUGGGACCCAAGGGACAGAAGGGUGACCCCGGCCCCGUGGGACCGGAGGGCUUGGCCGGUGAACCAGGACCCCCGGGCAAGCCGGGCUCUCCAGGGGUUGGCAUGCCAGGGAAGCCGGGUGACCCUGGUGGCCCGCCAGGUGCGAAGGGAGAGAAGGGCAGCCCGGGAGCUCCUGGACCCGGAGGAUCGCCUGGGACACCCGGUCUCCCUGGAGUGCUGGGGCCGAAAGGAGACAAGGGCGAGCCGUGCCAGGCGUGUCCCACCCAGGGGACGCUCGGUGCCAUCGGAAUUCCCGGAAUUCCCGGCCAGCCGGGGCCGCGGGGGGAGCCCGGAGCGCCCGGCAGGGACGGGAUCUCGGACACACCCGGCCCCGCAGGACCCAAAGGGGACAGGGGCGAUCCCGGCAUCCAGGGGAUGAAAGGCGACAAGGGGGACUCGUGCCAGCCCUGCGAUCAUCUCCGCGUCCUCGCCGCGCUGCGCCUCGAGGGGGAGCCGGGGCUGCCGCAGGGCCAGGAGGGGCUGUCCGAGCUGGCCGGGAUCAAGGGUGACAAGGGGGACACUGGCCAUGUGGGACCCACGGGCAGACCGGGAGUGCCGGGAGAGAAGGGAGACCCAGGUGUGAGGGGGCUCAAGGGAGAGAAGGGUGACCAGUGUGGGCAGUGCCCUCCCACCCCUCAAGCCCUCCAAGGGACAGCGACAGUGGUGGCAGUGCCGGGGCCAUCGGGUGAGAGGGGUCCUGCUGGCCCCCCGGGCAGAGCGGGCAGACCCGGCGAGGCUGGUGACAAGGGACAGAAGGGCGACGCUGGCAGCCCGGGGGACCCUGGCACGCCGGGCAUGGCCGGUCCGGGGCUGGCGGGUGAGCCUGGCAUCAGGGGACCAGCCGGCCCCAAAGGUGACAAGGGAGAGCCGUGUGAGCCUCACCCCGCCAUGCUCGGGCACCUCCCAGACACCGAGGGCAUCCCGGGAAAAGCCGUGGGCAUCCCGGGAAAAGCUGGGCCCAAAGGGGAGCAGGGCCCGCCGGGCAUCGGGCAGCCUGGCAGAGCGGGCAAGCCGGGGCUGCCGGGGGUGCGGGGUCCUGCCGGGCCCAAGGGGCUGCAGGGUGAGCCAGGACCACGGGGGAUCGGCCAGCCAGGACCACAGGGAGACCCCGGGAGCCCCGGACCCCCCGGACCCCCUGGCCCCCCAGGACCACAGGGACCGCCGGGGAUGGCAGCAGAGAAAGGUGCCAAGGGCUCUCCGGGCCCCAAAGGAGCCACGGGACCCCCUGGGCCACCAGGGAGCAGCGUCACAGGGCCACCGGGCCCCGAGGGGCAGCGGGGGCUCCCCGGCUCCAGCGGGCAGCCGGGCGAGAAGGGUGCCCAGGGAGAGAAGGGAGACCCUGGCGAGUGCUCCUGCCCCUCCAGCCCCCGCCAGGACCCCAGCUACAACGGCAUGCCGGGAGCACCAGGAUUAUGGACUGGGAUGUCCUGGCAGCCCCAGCCUGGCCCACAGGGUCCCCCUGGAGCUCCUGGUCCCCCUGGGCCGCCCGGUGCCCCCGGUCGCCAGGGAAUGCCAGGACACAACGGCCUGCCCGGACUGCCUGGACCAGCUGGAGACCUGGGACCUCUGGCCGUCAUGGCUGAGAGGAACAUCGAGGUGCUGAAGACUCUCUGCGGGGACUGUGCCCAGCUGCAGGCAGCCCUGGAAGCUCCCGAGGGAGUGGAGGGGGAGAAGGAGGAUGGGGGCAUGCCAGGCGCCCCUGGCAGCGAGAGCUGUGCCAGGUGCCUUGCGCAGUUCCCGCGAGCGGAGGAGGCUCGGGGUGACAGCCCUGACUGCGCGGGGCAGCCCGGGCUGCCGGGAGCGCCGGGGAUGCCAGGAGAGCAGGGCUCCCCAGGGCUGCGCGGACCCCCAGGACCACCCGGACCCAUCGGCCCCCCAGGCUUCCCUGGAACGCCGGGCGCCCCCGGACUGCCCGUAAGAACCCAGCACGGCUCCGCUCUGUGCCCCUUGUGUCGCUGCCGCUUGGUUUGGCUGUGUCCCCUGUCCCUGUCCCUGCUGGGGACAGCCCAGCACAGCAGCCCCGACCCUUCCAUUCCAUCUCCAUCCCACCAUUCUCGCUCCUCCAUCCCAAAGCAGGGGGUCCCAGCGGACCCAGAUUUAUUUGGGGAUGAUCUUCCUCAGCUCGGGGGCCUGGUGGUGGCACUCGCCACCUGCUGGGUCCCCUUGGUGCCGCGGGAGCUGGUGUGGCUCCAGGGAGCCAUCUUCAUCCUCAUCUCCAUCUUCAUCCUCACCUCCAUCUUCAUCUCCAUCUUCAUCCUCACCUGCACCUCCAUCUUCAUCUCCAUCUUCAUCCUCACCUCCAUCUCCAUCUUCAUCUCCAUCUUCAUCCUCACCUCCAUCUUCAUCUCCAUCUUCAUCCUCCAUCUUCAUCUCACCUCCAUCUCCACCUGCAUCUUCAUCCUCAUCCUCACCUCCACCUCCAUCUCCAACUUCAUCUCCGGACCCCCAGGACAACCUGGAUACCCCGGGGCCACGGGGCCCCCCGGCCUUCCUGGCAUCAAAGGCGAGCGAGGCUACGUGGGUCCCCCCGGAGAGAAAGGGGAGCUGGGUCCCCCCGGCGUGGACGGGCUGCCCGGCCCCAUGGGGCCAGCGGGUCCCAGGGGCGAGCGUGGGCUCCCGGGAAGCGCCGGAGAGAAGGGGGACCAGGGUUUCCAGGGCCAGCCUGGCUUCCCGGGACCACCGGGCCCUCCUGGUUUCCCAGGAAAGGUUGGUCCAGCCGGGCCGCCAGGGCCCGUGGCAGAGAAGGGCAGUGAGGGCAUGCGGGGCCCCACGGGGAUGCCAGGGCCCCCCGGGCCCCCUGGACCCCCCGGAAUCCAGGGCCCUGCUGGCUUGGAAGGACUGGAUGGCAAGGACGGCAAGCCAGGGCUGAGGGGUGACCCCGGUCCCCCCGGGCCACCAGGGAUGAUGGGUCCUCCGGGCUUCAAGGGCAAGACAGGACACCCAGGGCUGCCAGGACCGAAGGGCGACUGUGGCAAACCCGGCCCCCCGGGCAGCACGGGCCGGCCAGGAGCUGAGGGUGACCCCGGACCCAUGGGACCCCAAGGCCGGCAGGGACCCCCAGGGCUCAUCGGUCCCCCUGGCAGCCCAGGACAGCCAGGCCCUGCUGGCCUGGCUGGGGUGGGGCUGAAGGGUGAGCGUGGCUCCGUGGGCGAGCGGGGUCUGCCGGGAAUGCCAGGACAGCCGGGACCCCCAGGACACCCAGGACCACCGGGAGAGCAGGGACCGGACGGACCCGUUGGGAAGGAGGGACCCCCAGGAAAACCGGGCAUUGCGGGCCCGGCCGGACAGAAGGGUGACGCUGGAGCCCCCGGCGAGCGCGGCUACCCCGGCGAGAAGGGCAGAGCUGGGAUGCCGGGCGGGCCGGGCAAAAGCGGCUCCAUGGGGCUGGUGGGGCCGCGGGGCCCCGCAGGAGAGAGGGGACCCCCGGGCUCGCCCGGCCCCGCGGGCAGCCCCGGCCUGCCGGGACCCCCGGGCAUGGUGGGAGAUGUGGUGAAUUACGACGAGAUCAAGCGCUUCAUCCGCCAGGAGCUGAACAAGAUGUUCGACGAGCGGAUGGCGUAUUACACCUCCCGGCUGCACUUCCCGCUGGAGAUGGUGGCGUCCCCGGGCAGGCCCGGUCCCCCCGGCAAGGACGGGCUGCCCGGCCGGCCGGGCCCCCCCGGCUCCCCGGGGCUGCCGGGCCAGAUCGGCAGAGAGGGGCGGCAGGGCGUGCCGGGCAUGCGGGGUGAGCCGGGCGCCAAAGGAGAGAAAGGCGAGAAAGGAGUGGGGCUGAUGGGGGACAGCGGCCCCCCGGGACCCCCAGGUCCCCAAGGGCCACCAGGCUACGGCAAGAUGGGUCCCCCGGGCCCCGUGGGGCAGCAGGGCAUCCCCGAUCCCGGCCCUCCCGGUGCCACGGGGCAGCCGGGCAAGACGGGGCACUGCAGCCCUGCCGACUGCCUGGGGGCCAUGCCCAUGGAGCAGCCGCUCUUCCAGCCCAAGAACGUCAAGGGUCCCUUUGGCUGAGCCCCCCGUGCCCCCCGAGCCCCCCCAGAUUUGCUGUUAAUAUUGUUCCUGUUGUUCCCCCGCUGUGCCGGGGCCGUGCCCAGGGCGGGGGGCUCAGGGCGUUUGUACAGCUCCGUGGCAAUGGCAGGUGGAUCCUGCCCCAAAAAUACACCUGUGAGUGGACACGGG